GAAACCCUUUCUUUUGCGUUGUACUAAACCCUAGCCGACCGCGUCACGCCGCCCCCCGCCGCCGCCGACCGCGUCACGCCGCCCCCCGCCGCCGACCGCGUCACGCCGUCCCCCGCAGCCGCCGUCGCCGACCGCGUCACGCCGUCCCCCGCCGCCGACCGCGUCACGCCGUGCCCCGCCGCCGCCGACCGCAUCACGCCGUCCCCCGCCGAUGAGUAAUCGACCGCGUCACGCUGCCCCCCGCCGGUUAGCCUCGUCGUCUACCAUUCGCCGUCUCAUACAGGACGGUGACCUGGCCGUCCCCGGCUCCUCUGCGGAGGACGUCGCCCACGCUCUCCGCAACCACCGUCCUGAGCUCCGCCGCAAGAGGCUCAAGCCCUUGACGGAAGCCGUCCGCCGUGUACUAUCCUCUGACUUUGAUGACGACGAUGAUGACGACUCCGCCUCCCGCGGUCACCAAGGUGCCCACGCCACCCUCUCCUCCACCACCUCUCUCUCGGACGAAUCCGCCCACCCGCCGCCUCCACCCUAUUUCGAUGCCACCAAGACCAUGCUUCGCUCCCAGUAUGCCUCGCAGACGUCCAAACAGAACCCAGGCACUAACCAGCAGCUGGAAAUCGAGAUGACCGCUGAGAAGGCUCGCCGCCUCAUCACAUCUGAUUGUGGAGGCGGAGGUGGCGAUGCCAAGCCAGAGGCUCCGGUCUCCGAAGGAGUGGUCAAUGGGGACAAGUGGCCGCGUUUUGCUGAUCUCGGCGGGAUGGAUCAGGUGUUAGAUCAGCUUGUGGUAGAAGUGGUGGUGCCCCUGUGCCAUCCGGAGCUGCCGGAUUACCUUGGGGUUAGGCCUGUUGCUGGGCUACUGCUGUACGGACCGCCAGGUUGCGGGAAGACCACCCUUGCACAUGCCAUUGCCAAUGAGACUGGUGUGCCGUUCUACAAGAUCUCAGCCCCAGAUAUCGUGUCUGGAGUAUCUGGAGGUUCUGAAGAAAACAUCAGGGGCUUAUUUCAGAAGGCAUAUAGGACUGCUCCCUCAAUUGUAUUCAUAGAUGAGAUAGAUGCAAUUGCAUCCAAGAGGGAGAAUCUGCAACGAGAGAUGGAGCGACGAAUAGUUACUCAGCUGAUGACAUGCAUGGAUGAAUUCCACCAGAAUAUUGGUGGUGAUGGUUCUGAUGCCGAUUCAUCUGAAAAGAAACCAGGUUAUGUUAUUGUCAUUGGAGCUACAAAUAGGCCUGAUGCUGUGGAUCAAGCUCUUCGAAGGCCAGGAAGAUUUGAUCGAGAGAUAUAUCUUGGGGUUCCAGAUGUGAAUUCAAGGAAACAGAUACUGAUGAUGCUUGCUCGGAAGCUUCGACUUGAAGGGCAAUUUGACUUUUUAAAGAUAGCAAGGGCCACACCAGGUUUUGUUGGUGCUGACUUGAAAGCAUUAGUCAAUAAUGCAGGGUAUCUGGCAAUGAAGAGAAUAAUUAAUAAAAGAAGAGCUCAGUAUUGUUCUGAGGUAAAGGUAAAAUGGUGGAAGCAGCUGUCUUGGGAUGCAGGCGAGAUGGAGAGUGUACAUGUCACCAUGAACGACUUUGAGGAAGCAACAAAAUUGGUCCAACCCUCUUUGAGGAGGGAAGGAUUUUCUUCCAUUCCUGAUGUCACAUGGGAUGAUGUUGGAGGUCUUGAUUCGUUGAGGAAAGAGUUUCACCGCUACAUAAGAUGUAUUAAGAGCCCUGAAGAUUGUGAUUUAUUUGGAGUGAGAAUGCAAGAUGGCUUCCUGCUGUUUGGACCUCCGGGUUGUGGCAAAACACUCAUAGCAAAAGCAGUGGCACAUGAGGCAGGGGCUAAUUUUAUUCAUAUUAAGGGGCCUGAUAUAUUGAACAAGUAUGUUGGCGAGAGUGAAUCAGAAAUUAGGAAAAUAUUCAACCGAGCACGUAUUAAUGCCCCAUGCAUUGUAUUUUUUGAUGAGGUAGAUUCAUUGACAACAAAAAGAGGUAAAGAGGGGGGGUGGGUUGUUGAACGUCUCCUAAACCAGUUACUUAUCGAACUUGAUGGUGCUGGUCAGCGUAAAGGUGUCUACGUGAUAGGAGCUACAAACAGAAUUGAUAUGAUAGAUGAUGCUAUGCUACGGCCUGGUAGAUUCGGGAAGAAACAUUAUGUACCUAUACCUGGUGCUCGCGAAAGGGUUUCAAUAUUAAAGGCACUAGCCAGACGCAUACCCGUUUCAUCAACCGUUGAUUUGGAUGUGUUGGCACUUCGAGAAGAGUGCAGCAAUUUCACUGGCGCCGACCUAGCAUCACUGGUGGAUGAGGCAGCCAUGUUAGCUAUGGCAGAGAGAUGGAUGUACCUCGAUAGCAGGACAUCAACGAGUCCAUCUUCUCUGAUUGAGCCAUCACACUUUGAAGAAGCCUUAUCAAAGGUGAAGCCAUCAAUAUCCAAAAAGCAAAAGAGACUUUACGAAAAAAUGCGCAAGAAACACUUGUCAACAACCUGAUCAGAUCACCAUACAUCCAUCUUGUGUGUGUGGCACAAACUAUGCCAUCGCUACCUAUGAAAAUGGUUCUGCCGGCACUGCAGAAUGCUACUAUAAAUUUGUGCAUUACAAUCAUGCUUGAAAUAUAAUGAUAAACCGUAUACUCCCUCUGUUUUUUUACUUGACAUUUUUUAGUUCAAAAACACACUAUCCGGCGUCAAAUAUAUAAGAUUGGAGGUAGUACCAGACAUGCCGUGGCUUAUUUGUACUGUCUUCACCUGCUGGAAUUUUUGCACGUGAGCUACCAAUGCAUGGCUUGUUAGUUGUGCCGUGCUUGUUCAUGAUGUAGGAAAAAACUCGAAUUUAAUUCC